AUGGAUUGCCACAAACAUUUGACGUCGUCGGGGCCGAACAUUGACAAGCUUCGAGAUCUUAACGAAAACCAGGCCCCGAAAAACCUGUUUUCAGAAGAUGCUUUUUCUCAAGCCACGACCCUGUCGCACCAUUCGUCUUCCACCACAGCGUCGUCACUGAGAAGUCCACUCAUUUUCAACAAUAUCUCCUCAGAGGCAACCGAGUACAUGCGUUUGACACCGGUGAAUAUCAAGAACCUGACUUCCCCAACAAGAGGCCCUGAAAACCUGGCACUCGUUCCCAGAGACGAAAGCACCACAUUCACUGCACACAAAGAUAACUUCAACCUUAUAAGUCGCAAACUGGAGAAAUUACUGGAGGAGCUCAACGUCAUCUACCGCGAGAUUGGAUACUCUAACACCGAGAUAUCAGACAAGGAAAAACUCAUCUUCAACCACAUCUCGGACUCCAUCACCGGGUUUUUCGAGCACGCACACCAGGAACGUGAAAGAAUCACGAAGGACAACGCCGUUUCCCUGCAGGUUUUGCAACGCAUAUUGCAUGUCAUAAACGAUCCCAAGGGCACCACGACGAUUCCAGAUCUGUACACCCGCAAUGUAGUUGUGAACUCUUCGGAGCAAAACCCAAGCUCGCCCAAAAAGCAGACUUCUUUGCUUACCAGACGCAAGAUCAUCUCCAAAGCCAAGAACUACGUCAUUAAAACUUACACACCGAAGCUGAGCACCUUUCUCGACAGCGUGAUCAGGCUUAAAACCUUGGCAGCCGCCAUUGAGGACUACGUUCCUACGAAUCAGGACUGGGACAUUCAAGAACUACUUUCGGUGGUGCCACCGCUUGAUACUUGCAGUUAUUACCGGGGUUGCCUGUCAUCUGCUCACCAUGACAUUGACAAAACAUGUGCGUUUAUCAUCCAGCAUCGACAAGCUCUUUUAAGUACCAUCAACUUCAAUGAUGUGUCUGAUAGCAUAGUAGAACGCGUGAGUGCUGUCGUUUCCAUGUUUGAGAAUGAGCUGGAGUCAAGACUAAAGAAAGCGCUGGUGAUGAAAAAAGGCAUUCUAGGCCUCUUACAGUUGUUGAACCUAAAGCCUGAGAAAAACUUGGAUGCACCAACAUUAAAGAUUCUCAAGCAGCUUCCUGACGAGGCCGGAGCCCUAACCACAGAAAGCGGCAGGAAACACUCCGAAACUAAAAACCUCGCAUUUUCAAAUUCGACAUUAGAGAAGCUGGAAUCAGUGUUGCGUGAGUUCAAGGCUCUUGAAACAGAGCGCCGACAAGAGAAGCAAAGUUGUGCUCACAAAUGUAGUCAACUGUGGGAAAAACUGAAGAUUCCUCAGUCCUAUAUUAUCAAGUUCGAAUCCUGCAACAACGACUUGUCAAGAGAGGCAGUUCAAAAUUAUGCCGAGGAGUACAAUCGAUUACAAGACAUGAAAAAGAAGCUGAUCAAAAAUCUGAUACAGGAUUCAUGGACGAAAAUUCAAGAGCUGUGGUCGGCGAUGCACUUUUCAAACCGAGACACAGCAGCAUUCCAAGAAAUGUUCAGUACGAUGAUUGAUCGUUCGACAUCUUUAGAUGACGAUGAAAAAGUGCUGGAGACAUGCGAGGUCGAAAUAAACGAUUUGGAGAAGAAACUCGCCAUGUACAAACCACUUUUGAAGUUAAUUGAUGAGUUUCGCUCGCUUCAGAACGACAAGCUGAAUUUAGAAAAAAGUAGCAAAGACUCUUCGAGGCUUUUGCUCAGAAACUCGCAUAGAAUUCUGCUACAGGAGGAAAAGACCAGGAAACGUAUAACAAGGCAUUUUCCUAAUGUCAUUCAAGAGCUCAUACGAAAACUUCAAAGAUUCGAAGAAGAUUCUGGUAGGCCAUUCGUGGUAGAAGGAACCAGAUACGUAGACAUUGUGCUACAGCAAGAGGAAGAAAUAUUAAGCAAAUACCCAAGAAGCAGAGUCAAUUCCAAUUUCAAAAAUCCCGCGACGGCUGUAGCAGUAGAGUCCAAAUCAACAAUCGCGCCACGUUCUCCUCGUAAGGAGCGUAUGCAUCCAAGGUUUCAGCCAAAGAGCCAUAGAGGUGCUACGCAUAGGACGCCCAUAAGAACUCAUGGCACGAUGCCUUUAAAAAAUGCAGAGCAUGAACAAAGAAGCGCCAGACCGUCGUAUAAUCGCUACAUGAGGGCAACGCGCAUGUCAAGCCCAAUAAAAAGCUCGGAAACCGAAGCAUCAUCGACUGAAGCCGCACACAAAAGCCCCAGCAAGAUUCCAACGUUAACAAGAAGUGCCACAUAUCCAAAGGAAAGCUCCUUUUUUACAUCAAGCUUGAAGGCCAAGCCUCGAAUGGCAAUGCCAGAAGGAUUAUCUCAAAUUUCUGUAAACAGACUAAAUUCUGUCAACAACACGCCGAAUAUCGAUUCUAUGAACAAGAGAGGCAAGGCUGCUAGCAAGUCAUUGUCACUGUCCUGGGUAGAAAAGAUGGAGAUUACUGAAAAGGAAAACAUUAUUCCACUUUCUUUGAGAUCACCCGUGCGCCUGACCGAUAAAAUGCGGUCCAGCUUGGAAUCACCUUACAGAGAUGCCGACAAUUCUCUAUACAAGAUCACAAAAUCUCCAGAGGGAAAAUUCCUACUGAACAUUGAGUCUAAUGCCACGGACAAAGGAGGAAUAGAGGGGGAGGAUACGAGCAUGAUGGCAGAUGAUGAUAAUUUUAGUAAUUGGAAAAGAGAAAGAUUGGCAAGAAUGAACAGCAAUGAAGGUAAUAACUUGGAUAUCCCAUCGAGCGUCAAUUGGGAAACAGAUGUUUUUUGA